AUGAAGAAAUCACUGACAUGCGAAAGGACUGACGUCAUGCGCAGAGAGAGACACUGCCCGGAGAAAGACGAGCUCCUGAAAUGCAGGGUGCCGGCGCCGUACGGUUACAAGAACCCGUUCAAGUGGCCGCUCAGCAGAGAUCUAGCCUGGUACGCAAAUGUACCCCACAAAGAGCUGACGGUCGAGAAAGCGGUUCAGAAUUGGAUCCGGUUCGAGGGGGACCGGUUCAGAUUCCCCGGCGGCGGCACCAUGUUCCCUAACGGCGCCGACGCUUACAUUGAUGAUAUCGGAAAGUUGAUUAAUUUGAAAGAUGGGUCUAUUAGGACUGCCAUUGACACUGGCUGCGGGGUUGCAAGUUGGGGAGCUUAUCUCUUAUCAAGAAACAUCCUCCCAAUGUCGUUUGCACCGAGAGACACACACGAAGCGCAGGUUCAGUUCGCACUCGAGCGAGGAGUACCGGCUUUGAUAGGUGUCAUCGCCUCUAAGAGGCUCCCAUAUCCAUCAAGGGCUUUCGACAUGGCUCAUUGCUCACGUUGCCUCAUUCCUUGGGGUCAACAUGAUGGGGCCUACUUGAUUGAAGUGGAUCGAGUUUUGAGGCCAGGUGGAUACUGGAUCCUCUCUGGUCCGCCAAUCAACUGGAAGAAACACUGGAAAGGUUGGGAGAGAACAACGGAUGAUUUAAACUCCGAGCAGAUGCAAAUCGAGAAUGUUACAAAGAGUUUAUGCUGGAAAAAGUUAAUCGAAAAGGACGAUAUUUCCAUAUGGCAAAAACCAACUAAUCAUUUGAAGUGCAAGAGGUUCCGGAAGAUUUUCAAGAACCCUCCGUUUUGUCCUGCCCAGGAUCCCGAUAAAGCUUGGUAUACUAACUUGGAAACAUGCCUGACUCCUUUACCUGAAGUUUCUAACAACGACGAGAUAGCUGGAGGCGAACUUGAAAAAUGGCCGAGAAGAUUGAACACUGUACCACCUAGGAUUAUUCGUGGGACUAUACAAGGAGUUACCCCCGAGAUUUUUCAGCAAGAUUUGCAACUAUGGAAGAAGAGAGUCUCCUACUAUAAAACAGUCAAUAACCAGCUCGGCCAAGCCGGAAGGUACCGGAACAUUCUUGACAUGAACGCUUUCUUGGGUGGGUUUGCUGCUAAUUUGGUUAAGGACCCGCUUUGGGUGAUGAACAUAGUGCCGGUUGAGGCUAAGGUCAACACUCUAGGAGUUAUCUACGAACGAGGAUUAAUCGGGACUUAUCAGAGCUGGUGUGAAGCAAUGUCGACUUACCCUAGAACAUACGACCUCAUUCAUGCUGACUCAGUUUUCACACUCUACAAAGAGAGAUGUGAAAUGGAAGACAUUAUGUUAGAAAUGGACAGGAUUUUAAGACCGGAAGGAAGUUUAAUAAUACGGGACGAUGUAGACGAAUUGGUUAAGGCAAAGAGAAUAGCUGAUGGAUUGAAUUGGGAAAGUCAGAUUGUAGACCAUGAAGAUGGGCCAUUAGAGAGGGAAAAGCUUCUGUUUGCUGUCAAGUUGUAUUGGACAGCUCCAGCUUCUGCUUAAUUAAUUAGCUUAAAUAUUUUUUUCUUAAUUACUAUCUUAAUUUACUUCUCUUUCUAAAGGAAAUAAGUGUUUAGUUUUCUUGUUAUUUUGAAUUAUAUAUAUUUAUAUUGUGAUUAGAUGAUAAUCCAUUAUUUUGAACCU